AACCGUUAUACAAACGCACAAAAUAAAGCGCUACAUCACCUUCGACAGAAUGUUGUUCAUGACUUUCAAGCGGAAUGUGAAAUUGAAGCACAGAGAAAAAUGGAUGGAAUUUGGAACAAGGUCAAAACAACUAAUGAGAAAAAAGUUCGAGAAAAAUGUGAGAAUACAUUGCAAAAUGUCUUUGUGAAAUAUCUUAAAAAUAGUAUAAAAAACGGAGAGUAUGAAACAGCAGGUGGCCAUCGGAGAUAUAAGCAUGAUGUUGAAAGAACCAAGGAUGAAUAUGUCAGUGUUCUCAGAGACUUCAAGGAGAACGAGAUUUUAUCUACAUGGUAUGGAUUUGUAGAAAGCAUGAAAAGAACAGAAGCAAAAAUACUUGAAGCUGAUGAAAACUUGUCUCAGAGGGAGAAGGAAGCCGAGCAAAGACGAAACCAAGAAAAACUCGACGAAUUAUUGAGGCAACAGCAGAAAGCACACGAGGACGCGUUAUUCCAACAGAAACAAUAUUUAGAAGAUCAUUACGAAAAGAUAGAUAAAGAUCGCCGUGAAAAGCAAGCGGCAGAUCAAGAAAGAUAUGAAGUAAUGCUGCAAGAAAGGUUAAAAGAAACAGAAGAAGUACGUCUACAGGAAGUGGAACGGAGGCUGAACUUUUAA